GCUUCCCCGGUCCGCCCACAGUCAGCUGUUCUUCGGGUGUUUGCAAACAUCUGCCCGUCCUCCGUGGUCCCGCAGCUCCGUCCAGGAUGGGGGAGAACGACGACAGCGACAUUAUCGAGCACCACGUCGAGGAGGAGAUGGAGAAGAAAGCCGGGGUCCGCGGCCUGUCCUCCCCGCGGCUGGACAGCCUCAGUCCGUCCGAGAGAGAGGGCCACAGCAGCACCCAGUCCUCCCACAGACUGCUGGCCUACAGCGAUGCCCUCAUCUCCAUCAUUGCCACAGUCAUGAUAUUGCCGGUUGCCCACACCAAAGUGGAAGAUAACGAGGAGUUGAGGGAGAGCGUUCAGCUGCUGCUAACGACGAAGAUCGCCGUUUACCUGAUGACCUUCUUGAUCGUGACGGUUGCCUGGGCCGCUCAUAUCAGGUUAUUCCAGGUCAUUGCUCACAUUGACGAUUGUCUCGCUCUGCUUAACCUUGCCUGCAUGAUGCUGAUAACCUUCCUGCCGUACACUUUUUCCUUAAUGGCGACCUUCCCUGAGAACGUCCUCGGGAUUUUACUCUUCUGUGGUUGUGUGAUGGUGAUCGGGGUGAUUCAGUCGGUGAUUGUGCUGUACGCCUUCAGUCGGCCCUUCCUGCUGAACGAACAGAUCCAGAUCUCAGAGAACCUGACCUACUAUAAACAUCACAUCCUCCAGGUCAUCAUGAGGGUUCCCAUCAUGUGCUUCUUCGCCAGCAUCUUCUCCUUCAUCUUCUUCCAGCUGUCUUACGUUCUCCUAGCCAUCAUCAUCUUCCUGCCUUACAUCUCCCAGAGCCUGAAGUGGUGCCGCAGCAAAGCAAUCGGUCAGGUGGAGGAAACGCCGGACUCCAUGUUGUUUUACACAUACCUUCCCAACGAGCCGCUCAGCAAGGAGCGAGUCGAGGCUUUCAGCGACGGCGUUUACGCCAUCGUAGCAACGCUUCUCAUCCUAGACAUAUGUGAGGACAACGUUCCGGACCCGGCGGUGGUUCAGAAGCAGUUUGGCGGCAGCCUGGUUGCCGCCCUGCAGGCCUACGGCCCGGAGUACCUCGCCUACUUCGGCUCCUUCGCCACCGUCGGCCUCCUCUGGUUCGUCCACCAUUCCCUCUUCCUCCACGUCACCAAGACGACGCGCUUCAUGGGCCUGCUGAACACCUUCUCUCUGGCGUUUGUCGGCGGUUUGCCGUUAGCCUACCAGCUAACGCACGAGUUCCCGCGCAACUCCCAGAACGAGCUCGAAGCCAUUCAGAUCAGCUGUGUGAUCGUUUUCUUCGCCGGGAUAUUCCAGCUCUCCAUCUGGGUGGUGGCGCUCUACAACGAACAGGAAACCUUGCACCCUUACGUCUGGUACGGCGGACGGGAGCACGUGUUCAUGCUAGCUAAGCUAGCUCUGUAUCCCUGUGUCGCUUUGGGGACGUUUUUCCUGUCCUGCAUCUUGAGUAAAUUCAGCACCUCCAUCUUCCACCUGAUGGAGAUCACGGUGCCUUUCGCCUUUCUUGUGCUGAGGCUCUUGGUGCGCAUCGGGUUGGCGCUGCUUCGCUUCAUUUUCUGUCCCAACCGGUCUGAUCUGACCACCGUUGUGGACGACGAAGCGGACGAAACGCGAGUGCCGUUUAAUGCUGUAGUUACCUAGAAGUUUCCCGAUUGGGUCUGUGGAGUAUUGCUGCUAAAAGGUUUGGCCACUGAAAGAAACCCCUGGCGGGUUUAUAUCCAGAACAAAGUGGACAGAACCGUCCUCCUUUUCUAUUAGUUGUUUGUUCAUAUCUGGAGCACAGAUGGGAUUAAACGCUGAAGGCGAAAUCUGGAUCCUAGAGAAACUGAUAGAAACGGCACUAUAGCAGUUAGCCAAGGGUCAUUCAAUUAUACAUUUUUCUUUUCAGUUUCCACCUGUGUGAUUAGCGGCCGUUUUAACCAGAGGUAGGAAGUGUACCCAAAAAUUGUACUCAACUAAGAGUAGCACUACUGUAACAUAUUUUUACUGAAAUAAAAGUAAAAAAAUAGCCGU